AUGGCGCUCGACCCGGCAGAGCAGCAUCUCAGACAUGUUGAAAAAGAUGUUUUGAUCCCUAAAAUAAUGAGAGAAAAGGCCCGAGAGAGGUGUUCUGAACAAGUUCAAGAUUUUACCAAAUGUUGCAAGGAAUCUGGGAUGCUUAUGGUAGUAAAAUGCCGGAAAGAAAAUUCUGCAUUAAAAGAAUGUCUAACCGCUUACUAUACUGAUCCUGCCUUUUAUGAAGAAUGUAAAAUGGAAUACCUGAAGGAAAGGGAAGAAUUCAGAAAAACUGGAAUUCCUACCAAGAAAAGGCUACAAAAGCUUCCAACAAGCAUGAGAUUCUACUCCCUUGAGUCAGCUGUGUUCAUUGGUCAGAAUAAAUUUCAGCAUCUGACACCAAUUCCAUUAAUCACAGACAAGCCUGAAUAA